AUGCCAGUUCAAACAAGUGAAUCCGUUCAAUCGAAAACUCAAGAAGAACAAAAUGUUCAAGUCAAAGAUGUCAAAGAUGAUUCUGAUGAUUCGUCAUCUGAAGAAUCAGGAAAUGAAGGUGAAAAAGAUUCGGAAGAAGUGAAACAAUCUCACCCAUUAGCAGCAGCAGCUGGUAUUGAGGAAGAAUUACAAUCAAAACAAAAACAAACUCGUUCAGAAAAGAAAGCACGAAAAGCAAUGGCGAAACUUGGUUUACGUCCAAUUCAAGGAAUUCUUCGUGUCACAAUUAGAAAAUCGAAAAAUAUUUUAUUUGUCAUACAAAAACCAGAUGUUUACAAGAGUCCAGCAUCUGAUACUUACAUCGUUUUUGGUGAAGCUAAAAUUGAAGAUCUUUCUCAACGAGCUCAAAUUGCUGCUGCCAAUCAAUUUAAAAAUCUUGGACAAAACGCCGCAGUAAAUAACACAACUGAUCAAACAUCACAAUCGAAUGAAAAAGGCUCAAGUGAUAAAAAUGCUAAUCAAUCCAGUGCAAAAGCAGAAACGAUUCAGGAAGAAUCUGAUGAAGAUGAACAAGUGGAUUCACAAGGUAUUGAAGAAAAUGAUAUUCAACUAGUUAUGUCACAAUCCAAAGCCUCAAGAUCAAAAGCUAUUAAAGCUUUAAGAAAAUGCAACAAUGAUAUUGUCAAUGCCAUUAUGGAAUUGGCUGAAUAA